AUGGUGUUAGCUGAUUUAGGAAGAAGAAUUAACUCUGCAGUGUCAGAGGUGACGAAGUCGUCUGUCGUGGAUGGAAAUGCUGUCGACAACAUGCUCAAGGAGAUAUCCAAUGCUCUUGUUGAAUCAGAUGUUAACAUUAGAUUAGUUAUAAAUAUGAGAAAGAAACUUAAAUCCAAGAUUGACACAGAGGAAAAGCCUGGUGUCAACAACAAGAAAAUCAUCCAAAAGGCUGUUUUUGAUGAGCUUUGUGAAUUGGUAGACUGUGGAGGUGUUCAGGUCUAUAAGCCUAAGAGAAAGCAGGCCAACGUGUUGAUGAUGGUUGGUUUGCAAGGCGCUGGUAAGACAACCACGUGUACAAAAUUGGCAGUGUAUUAUCAAAGACGAGGCUUUAAAGUUGGUUUGGUUUGUGCAGAUACAUUCAGGGCAGGUGCCUUUGAUCAGUUAAAGCAGAAUGCCACCAAGGCACGUAUUCCAUACUAUGGUUCAUAUACUGAGGUAGACCCUGUUACAGUAGCCUCCGAGGGUGUACAGAAGUUCAAGAAGGAGAAGUUUGAGAUCAUUAUUGUGGAUACUUCAGGACGUCAUCGUCAGGAAAAGGACUUAUUUGAAGAGAUGGUUCAAAUUGAAGAUACCAUUAAGCCCAGUGAAACUAUUAUGGUUAUGGAUGCUUCGAUUGGUCAAGCAGCAGAGUCCCAGGCACGUGCAUUCAAAGAGUCAUCAAAUUUUGGUGCCAUUAUCCUAACAAAAAUGGACGGUCAUGCUAAAGGAGGGGGUGCGAUAUCUGCCGUGGCAGCUACUAAAACUCCCAUUGCUUUCAUUGGUACAGGAGAGCAUAUUCAUGAUUUAGAAAGUUUUACGGCGAAACAAUUUGUUUCAAAGUUACUUGGUAUCGGAGAUAUACAGGGACUAAUGGAACACGUGAAGUCCCUUAAUUUAGAUCAGAAGGACACUAUAAAGAACUUCCAAGAAGGCAAAUUUACACUGCGUGACUUACAAACACAGAUGAAUAAUAUCCUCAAGAUGGGACCUCUUAGUAAGAUAGCCCAGAUGUUACCUGGAGGAAUUGGUGAGAUGAUGCAUCAAGUUGGAGAAGAAGAGACAUCAAAAAGAUUCAAAAGAAUGGUGUAUGUGAUGGAUUCCAUGACAAACAAAGAGCUUGAUAACGAUGGUGAGAUAUUUAUAGACGAACCUACCCGAAUUGUACGCGUUGCCCGAGGUUCCGGUACGUCUGUGACAGAAGUGGAAGCGGUUCUAAUGCAGCAAAAGAUGUUUGCACGUAUGGCACAGACAACCAAGAAUAUGCAACAGCAGGUUCCAGGAGGAAUGGGGGGUAAAAAUUUCAAUCCAUCACAAAUGCAGAGGGCCAUGCAGCAACUGCAAUCCAAUCCUUCGAUGAUGCAGAAAAUGCAGCAGAUGAUGGGAAGUAUGGGUGGAGGCCUUCCUGGUGGGGGACUGCCUGGUGGAGGACUGCCUGGUGGAGGACUGCCUGGUAUGGGUGGGGCCGGUAUGCCAUCUCCUCAAGACAUGCGCCGGAUGAUGAAUGACCCUAACAUUCUGAAAAUGGCCCAGAGCUUUGGCAAGAAUUUUGGUAUGUAG